AUGAUUUUGAUGGAUGAGGAGGGAAGGAAAAUUCAUGCAUCAUGUGUGAAGAAAUGGUUUCCUAAAUUCAAGCGCUAUUUAAAAGAGGAUAGUUCAAUUUACGUCAAGAAACCUAACGUCGCACCAAAUACUUCAAAAUUUAAGUUUGCUCAUCCGGAAUCAAAACUAAAUUUUUAUCACGAUACAAUUGUAAAAGAUUGUGAAAACUUUUCUGGAUCUGCACAUGGCUUUCAUUUUGUUGACUUCAAUACUAUCGUUUCUAACAACAUCCUGGAGUCAAACUCUUUUGAUAUUAUUGGACACAUUUUUGAGUAUGGGCAUAUGGAUACCUCAGAACAAGAUAAAUCAAAACACAAGAUGCUCUUGCAUCUUCAAGAUAUAGAGGAUACUAAGCUUAAGAUAACUUUGUGGGGUCAUAAUGCAUACUACAUGCAUGAUUUUCUUGCUAACAAUAACAGCCUUGCUCCAGUUGUUGUUAUUGUUCAAUUUGCCAGGGUGAAGUUUAUUAAUGGUCGUCCUUUUUCAUCCACCUAUCUUGAUGUUAGUAGGGUUUUCAUAAACAAUGAUAUCGAUGAAAUUACAAUCUACAAAAACAAAUUGGUCUCUGAAAAUGGACAACAACUGUCAUCAAGUGGAAUUAAAAUGAUUGCAUCAAAACAAGACACAGAACAUGAUGACUUUCUGAAAAAUCAUUUGUUUUCUAACAUUGAAGACUUGUUUGAACCUUUGGAGGAAAAGACAGUCAUUAUUGUUGGUACUGUUAAGGGAAUACGUCAAAAUAUACGUUGGUAUUACCUUGCUUGUAGCAACUGCAAAAAGUCAGCAAAAGAAAAAGAGUCUUCAACUGAUAAGGUUGAUGGUUCUCAUGAAGUGGCCGAAAUCGUUACUUAUGAAUGUGCUAAUCUUAAAUGCAAAAAUAUCAAAAUUUCGGUUAUUCCAAGAUUUAAAAUCCCACUUCGGGUUCAAGACAACACAGGAACAUUGACUUUAACUUUAUUUGACCAAGAAGCAAAGAAGUUGUUCAAAUACACAGCUAAAGAGUUGUAUGAUAAAAACAAGAAGAUUAACCGAGAAUGCAGACAUAAUGAUGAAUUGGAAAAAAAUAAUCUUACUCCACAGCCUGCUAAUUCUGAUUCAUUCUUGAUUGGUUCUUCAGAUGUUGGUUCUCAUGACACCAAAGUUCUCAAGACCGGUGAAAAUUUAACUCCAUGUGCUAGGGACAAGUCAACUGCAACAAGUCCUAUAAAAUUCAUUUCUACACCAAUUGAGUUGAAAAGAAACCUUGCUACAUGCAUAGAUAUUGAUGAAAUGGAGAAUUUGUCUACUUCUAAAUAUCCUAGACUGUCACCACCAGAUGAACAACCAACUCCUCUUUUGGUACCCAAGAAAGAAAAGUAA